AUGAAGGAGCUUUUUGAUGUUGCGGUAAUAGGUGCUGGGAUGGCGGGCAUACUCGCCGCCCGAGAUCUCAGCCAAAAGGGUCAUUCUGUUGUCCUUCUCGAGGGUCGAGAUCGAGUCGGCGGACGAACAUUUACGACCGAGGCCUUUGGGACCGAACUCGAACUGGGAGGUACCUAUGUGCACUGGACCCAUCCAACCAUUUGGCAUGAGCUACAACGACAUGGCAUCCCCAUAAUUCCCCCGUUGGAUUCACAAAAGACCUACUGGCUAGCCGAUGACGAUGUCCACUCAGGCACAAUGAACGACUACUACGAAGCCGUCAAUCCUCUCAUGUCACAGUUUGUGCAUGAUGCUCGUUCCCAAUUUCCGAUGCCGUUCAACGUCAGUGCUUCAGCGAGUGACGUCGACCAGCAGUCCCUCGAAGACCGCAUCAUCUCCUUGAACCUCUCGGUCUAUGAACGCGAUGUUCUGGAAGGAGCUAUGUCGGGCUUGGUUCACUCAUAUAAAGAGCAGGGUGUCGCCCAGCUGCUUCAAGGUGUCUCUGGCACCUUCGGAGACUACAAUGGCUUCUUCGAAACUGCUAGCUUUUGGCACAUAGAGGGCGGUACCAAGCGCCUGGCAAAGGCCAUCAUGUCCGAAUCGACUGCCACGAUACGCCUCGAAACGCCUAUUCAAUCAAUUUCAGACAACGGCUCUUUGGUGACAGUCACCACACGUGCUGGUGAGAUUAUCCAUUCGCGUUUUGUCAUCAGCGCAAUGCCUAUAAACACUCUUGGCGAUAUAACCAUCGAACCCGAGCUUCCUGCACCGGUGCAAAGCUUGAUCGAUAGCAAGAAUCCGGUAAUGGCCAGCAAGAUAUACGUUCGUGUUAAGGGUACUAUUGAACCCUUCAAUGCUUUUGCUCCGGCUGGUAAAAGCCCUAUCAAUGCAGCUAGGGUCGAGUCACGGUAUGAAGGAGACACGCUAAUCAUGUGCAUUUGCUCUGAUGCCGCAGCAAUCCAAGCAAAUGACCAUGCGGCAGUGCAAGAUGCUUUGCGAAAGUUCGUUCCUGAUAUUGAGGUUGUCGAUACUGCUAGUCAUGACUGGGGUACUGACGAGUUUUCUCAGGGUGGCUGGGGAUGGUACCGGCCUGGGAAGCUGACAGGGGCCGCUCCACUGAUGCGACAGCCUCAUGGUCGCAUCUUCUUCGCAGGGAGUGACAUUGCUUCGCUCGGGGCUGGCUUUAUUGAGGGUGCUAUGCAGACGGGUGUAGUGGCCGCUCGCGAGGUUGCCAGUGCAUUGGCAGUUGGAGAAUAA